AAAGAACAAUAUAUACGCACACAACUAAAUCUCAUCGAAAUUCCCUGCGUUCAUUCGCCUCUUUCUCGCUCUCUAAAUUCUUAGAGAUCCUUCCAACAAAUCAUUUCGUCAGAUUGUUAAUUCUAUAAGAAAUCUGUGAAGAAUUUCUGUUUUUAAUCGGAGACUGGAUUCGUUAAAUGGAGAAUUUGAUGAAGGAAUGCGCGAGAGGUUAAGAAAAACGAUGCCAGAAUUAGCGCAUGAUUGUCAAUUCAGUGGCGGCGAUACGACGACGUCUUACUCGUUGUCGUCAAAUGGAUCAGUUUCGUCGAGUGGAUUUUGGUCUAAGCAUCGGGAUGAUGUUAGCUGCAAUCAGCUCCAGAAGUUCUGGAGUGAGCUGUCACCGCAAGCUCGACAGGAGCUCCUGAGAGUUGAUAAGCAAACUCUUUUUGAACAAGCUCGUAAAAAUAUGUACUGCUCGAGAUGCAAUGGGUUACUGCUGGAAGGCUUUUUGCAGAUUGUCAUGUAUGGAAAGUCUUUGCAGCAGGAGGGAAUAGUCGGUCAGGUUGCUUGCAAUGGAUGUAGAACCUCAAACAAUAAAACUAUUGAAGAUGUUUGCUUGACAACCAAGUGUGAUGAGGACAUUCAAGAUCCUUCAGUCCACCCUUGGGGAGGUCUAACCACUACCCGUGAUGGAACACUUACCCUCUUGGAUUGCUAUCUGUAUUCAAAAUCUCUUAAGGGGCUUCAAAAUGUCUUUGGCAGUGCUAGAGCAAGGGAACGGGAGCGUGAAUUACUUUAUCCUGAUGCAUGUGGGGGUGGAGGUCGUGGAUGGAUCAGUCAAGGAAUGGUGGGGUAUGGUAGAGGUCAUGGAACUCGCGAAACAUGUGCGUUGCAUACUGCCAGACUCUCUGUUGACACUUUGGUUGAUUUCUGGUCUGCACUAGGAGAAGAGACACGGCAUUCUCUUCUAAAGAUGAAGGAGGAGGAUUUCAUGGAACGCCUUAUGUACAGGUUUGAUAGCAAGAGGUUCUGUAGAGAUUGCAGAAAGAACGUUAUUCGCGAGUUCAAGGAGCUAAAAGAAUUAAAACGCCUGAGGAGAGAAGCUCGCUGCACGAGCUGGUUUUGUGUGGCUGAUACAAGCUUCCAAUAUGAGGUAACUCGAGACACAAUCCAGGCUGAUUGGCAUCAAAACUAUGGCGAUUCAGCUGAAACUUACCAUCACUAUGAAUGGGCUGUUGGAACUGGAGAAGGGAAAUCCGACAUACUAGAGUUCGAAAAUGUUGGUUUGAAUGUAAGAGUUCAAGUGAAUGGUUUAGACCUUACAGGUUUGAAUGCCUGCUAUAUCACUCUAAGGGCAUGGAAAAGGGAUGGACGCUGCAAUGAACUUUCAGUGAAAGCUCAUGCUUUGAAGGGCCAACAAUGUGUACAUUGCAGGCUUCUUGUUGGUGAUGGUUUUGUCACAAUCACAAGAGGAGAAAGCAUCAGGAGGUUUUUUGAGCAUGCUGAAGAAGCCGAGGAAGAAGAGGAUGAUGAUUCCAUGGACAAUGAUGGGAAUGAACUGGAUGGAGAAUGCUCCCGUCCCCAAAAACAUGCGAAAAGUCCAGAACUUGCUCGAGAAUUUCUUUUAGAUGCCGCGACUGUUAUUUUUAAGGAACAGGUUGAAAAGGCUUUCAGAGAAGGUACUGCACGUCAAAAUGCACACAGCAUUUUUGUAUCUCUUGCACUAAAAUUGUUGGAAGAACGUGUGCUUGUCGCGUGCAAGGACAUCAUUACUUUGGAAAAACAGUUUAAACUCCUCGAAGAAGAAGAGAAGGAAAAGCGUGAUGAAGAAGAACGGAAGGAGCGCAGAAGGGCAAAAGAAAAGGAAAAGAAACUUCGUAGGAAAGAGAGACUGAGGAAUAAGGAAAAGGAAAGAGAGAACUGUCAACCCAAUGAAGUUCCUGCCAUUUCCAAUGCCGCCCAUGAGGAGGAACUCACAUCGAAUGUUGAUGAUGCUAGUGACACCAUAAACUCACAAUCUAAAGCAGGAGAAGAUACUGUGUUAUCUAUGCCUAUAUCACAAGAUUAUAUUGAGGAGGAACAGAAUUUCAACUAUGAUGCCAAUUCGAACGCAGAUGGAAAUGUCUCAUAUGCAAGCGACCACUCCAAACACUCUCGUAGGAAAUCGAAAUUCUGGGAUCAAUCCUCAAAGUGGUCUGAUAGAGGCCGAUUUGCAGUGGUUUCUGAAAGUGGGGGGAUGGUAAGCAAACCCGACCCAAGGAUUCACAGUGAUGGUUUUGAAACGCUGGCAAGGAGCAACAGAGUAAACAGACCGCUGAGAAACAAUAAUAUCCGGACUAACAUAAGAUCUAAUGGAUCAAGAUAUGGCGAGAGGCUGCAUUGUUCUCAUAACAAGCCGAAUGACAGAUACGACCCUCACGCUUGCAGUUGUUACCAACCCAACGAUUCAAGGGCUAAAAUGGGUAAUAAGCCAGAACCGGAUGCAGAUAUCUCCAAGCCAUAUUAUCGUGGAAACAAGUUCAACAGUCAAACAGAUUAUAUUCGUGAAAACCAUGGCAGACUUAAAAGCAAUGUGUCAACCCGGGAUUUGCAAUCUGCAAAGAAAACAUGGGAACCAAUGGAAACACAGAAGAGAUACACCCCCAGAAACAACUCGAAUUCUUAUGAUGUUACUGAUCCUUCUCGCAAACCUACUGAUCCAUCAAAAGGUACCGUUUCAGUUGCAACGAAUCAUGAGAACAACAAUUUGAAGGAAUCAAAAAACACAGUAGAAAAUGAAAUCAAUACAACCUCGCUCGUAAGUGGGACCACCGAUCUGUGUACGAGUAGCAAUUCCAAUUCCGAUAGUUGCUCCUCGUGUCCCAGCGAAGGAGAUGGAAAUACUUCAUUUUCCUCCAACACCCAAAAUCCCGAAUCCUCGUCUACAUCAGAUUCAGAAGACGCGAGCCAGCAUUCUGAAGUAAUCAAAGAAACCCCGCUCUGCCUUGAUGAACAGCAAAAUACAAAGGAAGGUGAGACGCUAAGAAAAGUGCCCUUAGGUGAAUUACCGUCAAAAACAGCACAAUUUUACAAAAAUGAUAAGAACGAUAUUUCAAGUUCUCUUCCGCAAGGGAACAUUGUUCCACCUCCGUUGCAAGCUCAAGGCAUCCACUUUCCAGUGUUUCAAGCUCCUUCUGUGGGUUAUUACCAUCAAGGUCCGGUUCCUUGGGUGGCUGCUGCCGCCAACGGCUUGAUGCCGCUACCACAUCCGAACCACUACUUGUUCCCAAGUCCGUUUGGGUAUGGUUUGAAUGGGAAUUCACAUUUCCUUCAGUAUGGUGUAGGUAACCUCCAACCGUUGGCCCCACCGUUACUCAACCGUGGUCAACCGCCAGUGUACCAAUCGGUUCCACAGGUAAAUGGUACGAACAUGAAGGAGCAUGCUAAGGUUCCCGGCUUACAAAAUGGUGAAAAGUUGCAGAAGGUGUUCUCACAUCAGUCGGAAACAGCAGCAUCUCCGCCCAAAAGCACAGGAGGGCAAAACGGGAAUUCGGAGAAAACACGAAAGGGUAGCACGGGGUUUUCCCUUUUCCACUUUGGUGGUCCCGUAGCCCUUUCGAACGGGAAAGAAGAUAAUAGUAGUGAUGCGGGUUUUUGUUCCAUUGAAGGUAGUCAUGCUUGUGCAAAGGAUGCUGCUGAAGUUGAAGAAUAUAACUUAUUUGCAGCAAGCAAUGGGCUACGAUUUUCGUUCUAAUAUCAUGUUGUCGUCCUUCUUGUUCUUUUCCGUUGGCAAUAAUCUUUUCUCAAAGAACAACUUCAGGAUCCUCCUUUUAUUUGAUAUUGUGUUAGUUUGAUUGGUUGGUUGGUUGGUUGGUUGGUUGGUUGGUUAUAUUGAUUUUUGUGGUGUAAAGAGAUAGAGAGUGUGAGUUGUUUGAUGGAUGCUUGUAUGCGGUCUCUUCUUUUUCCUAUAGCAAUAUCGGAGCAUUUGCUUA